AUGGAUAACAUAGAUAUAAUUUUUGAUGAGUUGAAACGAAAUGAAAUUGAUAUUGAUAAGCAAACUUUAUCGUUUCAUAUAAAUACAAUUCUCGACCGCCAUCGAGAUCUAUAUCGUGCAGUAAAUGCUCGUGAUCUAAACCUUGACCAAAUCUACAGAGAGAUCAAUGUAACAAACUUUGGUUGUAUUAUUGCCUAUUUAGCUUUGGUAUGUGUACAAAAUGAUAGCGAGGAAUCUAUUCGCCACAAUGUACAAAAAACCAUCGAGGCAUGUCGAAUUUUUACUAUUCCCAAACAUAAACGAAGUAAACGUCCAAUUUUAAUAACACUCUCACUCACACUCACACUGAUAGCUUUAUAUAUCAGUCUAUAAUUACUGGAUGUUUCAUUUUGUUCAAACCUCGGAAGAGUAAGGAUGCCUUGCUGUAAAGGUUUACCACAAAUCUCUCUUCGAAACAUUUUUCGAAAAGUACGCUGUAUUUCUGCUUGCUGUGGUGGAAAAAUUGUAAUUCAAGCCUCAGACAUCGAUGGCGGAGAAAUAUCUAAGCCAGAUCUAUUACGAUCCAGAAAGCCCCGCAAGUUUUGGUGGCGUAGAUUCCGUUUAUCGCACCGUGAAAAACGAAGGGAAAUAUGAGAUAUCGCGGAAUAAAAUACGCCAAUGGUUACAAAAGCAAGAUGCCUAUUCAUUGCAUAAACCUGUCAGAUAUCGCUUCAGGCGUAACCGUGUUAUAGUUGGAGCCAUGGAUGAUGAGUGGGAGGCAGACUUAGUCAUUAUGGAUUCAUUAAGUCAACAGAAUAAUGGGUACAAGUACGUUUUAACUGUUAUUGAUGUACUCAGCAAAUAUGCGUGGGUUGAAGCGAUAAAAGCAAAAACUGGGAACAAUCUUGUCAAAGCCUUUGAGAAAAUAAUCAAGAAAGGGCGUAAACCGAGAAUGUUUCACACUGAUAAGGGGACGGAGUUUAUCAAUAGACAGUUUCAAACCUUUUUGAGGAAACAUAGCAUUCGAUUUUUUACGACGUACAACGAAACCAGGGCAUCGAUUGUUGAAAGGUUUAAUCGUACGCUCAAGACGAAAAUGUGGAAAUACUUUACAGCGAACAAUACGCUCAAGUACGUGGACAUUCUCCAGAAACUGGUCAAAUCUUAUAAUCGUUCUCGACAUCGUAGUAUUGGUAUGAGACCGGUAGAUGUGAAUAAAAGUAACGAGAAUAUUGUGUGGCAAACACUCUACGGGAAGGAGUCGUAAAAAUCAAUCCAGUUUAAGUUUAACAUUGGGGACCAAGUCCGGAUUAGCAAAGCAAAGCGAACAUUUAAGAAAGGAUACUUGCCCAAUUGGACUGAAGAAGUGUUCACGGUAACGAAACGCGUGCCUCGACGACCGCCUGUUUACAAGAUUGGAGAUUAUGACGGUGAAGAACUGGAAGGAACAUUUUACGAACAGGAACUUCAGAAAGUCAACAAAUCAGACAGUGACUAUUAUAGAGUAGAAAAAGUAAUAAGAUCACGCAUGCGUAAUAAACGUAAAGAGUAUUAUGUAAAAUGGUUGGGUUACCCUGACAAGUUUAAUUCUUGGGUACCAGCAGAGAGUGUAAAAGAUCUGAAAUAAAUAUAUUUGAAACUCAUAACUUGUAUUCAUUUGUGUGUUGGUCUUCAAUAUGGCAACACAGUUUUAUCUCACGUUACCGAGUAAUAGUUCUAUGGCUUAUUUUCAAAAUAAUACAGUGGCAAAUUUUCGAGUGAAAUUGGCCGAAACCAUUGUCUUGCCAGGCCAAUGGGAAGUGGCAUUGACGGAACUGCAUUACCCACAUACGUGGAGCACGCUAAAACGUGGAGUGCAACAAACGUUUUUAUAUAAAAUUGGCAGUAGCCCUUAUCAAACUGUCGUGCUUAAAGAAACACAAUAUUCUUCUAUUGAGCAACUAACAAAAGCACUCAAUGCCGGCAUGUCAAAAGAAACACAAACGAAAGUAAAGUUUAGUUAUAAUCGUAGUUCUCGCAAAGUUUUGGUUGAUGUAAAACCCGACACAACUGUGUGGUUUACCGGAGAAUUAGCAACGGUCUUGGGAUUUGACCAGGACACACUUAUUGAAAAGAAAACGUCGAGUCCCUAUCCUGCAGAUAUCGGUGGUGGAUUUUCCUCCAUGUAUGUCUGUACUGAUAUCGCUGAUGCACAGUUUGUGGGCGAUGUGAAAGUACCUUUACUACGAAUCGUUAAUAUCGAAGGGGAAUAUGGAAACACCGUUCACGCCAGUUUUCGUAAUUUGCAAUACGUACCGGUCAAAGUAAAUUCUUUUGAGACCAUUGAAGUGAAUAUAAAGAAUGACCAAAACGAAAACGUCUCAUUUGAGUUCGGGAAGUCAAUCGCAACACUUCACUUUAGACAGAAGAGAUCUCA